AGACAGAGAGACAGAGACAGAGAGAGAGACAGAGAGAGAGAGAGAGCGACAGGUGCAGUGCAGAGCGACAGAGGUGGAGAGACCUUCACACAGAGCGGGACUGAUCAGAGAGAGAGAGCGGAGGCUCUUCAGGCAGAGUGGCGCGAACAGAGAGAGAGACAGACGCGGGAAAAUCACAGAUGAACACAGAACAAAAAGAAGAGAAAGAAAACUUUUUGUUCUUCUUUAUCAUGGCGGGAUCCUCCAACACCCCUCUGUCCGGGACCUCCACCCCGCCCAUCGACCCUCUCUUCCACUCCGACCCGCCUUAUAGCGCUCCUAACCCGGCCAGCUCCCCGCGGCUCCCCGCUGCUCGCCUGUCCGGAGCGUUUCUGAGCGGCGGGAGCGGCAGAGUCGCGCCCGGUGUGAACGGGACGAGAGGCGGCGGCGGCGCGGCUCCACACACCGACUGUAAGAUGGUGGAGGUCCACGGGGUGAAGGUGGCGUCGUUCACGGUGAACGGCGUGGAGCUGAUCUGCCUGCCGCAGGUGUUUGAGCUGUUCCUGAAGCACCUGGUGGGCGGGCUGCACACCGUCUACACCAAGCUGAAGCGGCUGGACAUCAGCCCGGUGGUCUGCACCGUGGAGCAGGUCCGCGUUCUGCGGGGACUCGGCGCCAUCCAGCCCGGAGUGAACCGCUGCAAGCUCAUCACCAGGGCCGACUUCGAGACGCUGUACCGGGACUGCACCAACGCCAGCUCUCGACCAGGUCGACCUCCGAAGAGGACCCUUGGCGUGGCCACAAUGACUGAUGGCUCCAGGCUCCUCCCACACGGUCUGCUAAGCCCCGCCCUGCUCUCACAAACCGGUCUGACGGCGGCAGCGAUGGCGGAGGCUCUGAAGCUGCAGAAGAUGAGGAUGAUGAUGGGUUUCCAUGGAAACAGCAAUCAGCAGCGAUAUCACAACGGAGCCGAGUCUGAGAACGACGACACAGGAGGAAGUGAAGGAUCCUGGGAGAAGGAGCAGCGUCUCCUCCCUCCUCCCUCCUCAGUUGUGGCACCUCCUGCUGGUUCAGCGUCUCUCCAUCUCAGCACUCUGCAGCAACACAGCUCCCUAUUGGCCAACCGUUUGUCCAACAUUCCUUUUAUGGUCAUGCCACACCCCCUUCUCCCUGUGGGCCUGCCCCCUGCCAGCGUCGCCAUGGCAAUGAACCAGAUGAGUCAGCUAAGCGGUUUGGCAAACAUGGCUGCCGUGUCUCAGGUCCAGACUGAAGAGGGCAAGGAGUCUCCUCGAGGAAGCCCCUCCCCCUGCCCCUCCCCCAGUGAUGAUGAGCUCCACCCACUGGAACCAACCAGCCAAUCACCUUCGAGAGCAUCUUCAUCAUCGUCAUCAUCACCUCCUCCUGCACACGUACCAGAGCUCGGUGAGAUCAGUGACAACAUGAAGGUGAAGGAUAGAGAUAACAUGGUGCCCCUCCCCCUCCUCAAACCGACCUAUGAGAAGCUGCCACUCACCUCUCAGUCACUGACAAUCAACCACUCAAACCCCCCCUUCGCCCCAUUUCUAUUGGCUGAGGGUCUGUCGUCCAUGGAGACGCUGCUGACCAACAUACAGGGUCUCCUGAAGGUGGCGGUGGAGAGCGCUCGCUCUCAGGACAAACACAACCAGCUGGAGAGGAAAGAGUUAAAACUGGAGCUGGAGCGAGAAAGAGACGCUCGCCAGGUGCUCCAGAAACAGCUGAGCUCCGAACUGCAGAGCAGAGUGUCGAUCCAGAGGAGGCUGAAGAAGGAGAAGAAGGCAAAGAGGAAGCUGCAGGAGGCGUUGGACUUUGAGUCGAGGAGGAGGGAGCAGGUGGAGCGAGCGCUCACAGACGCUGUGAAUCCAGAGAGAGAGAACACACACAAGAGAACAGAGUGACCACAUUUCCACUCCUCUUCUGAGACCUGACAGGGAUGAACUGAUGGAGGGAUGAAGAGGAGGAAGGAUGAACUGAUGGAGGGAUGAAGAGGAGGAAGGAUGAACUG